UUCCAAAAUUGAUGAAUUUUCCAGCUCAAGUGAUUCUCCUAUUACAGUUAAUCAUGCAGGUAGUAAUCAACUAUCAGAUGAAAUGGCUUGUGCUCUAAGAUUAUUUGAGGUUAAAUCACAUUGUAACUUAACAGAUGAUGCCUUUCGGCAAACUAUGCUAGCAAUUGAUAUGUGCAUUAAUUCCUGUUGUGCAUAUACUGAGCGAUAUAAGGAACAUAUUCAAUGUAAAUAUUGUGGAACACCAAGAUAUCAAAAUGCAACAUCAAAUAUAGAUCUUGUUUCUCAAC